AUGCUGUGGAAAGCCCCUCCUUCAACAGGGAAAAAGGCAAUCAAAGAGUAUAUUGCCUACAUGAAGGUCAAAGAUGGCGAGUUCAAAGAAGUGAAAAGGGUGCCGCAUCCUGGCCCUGAGGAGCUGAAAGCAGCAAGCAACAAGGUAAAGGCCAUUUUGCCUGUGGAAAGUGGCGGCUGUUCCUACAAGGUGGAGGCCAUUCUGGAGGACGGUACGAAGUGCCCUCCUAGCCCAGUCUCAGACGAAGUAUCGGUAGAUGCAGCACCCAAAGAUAAAAAGAGUGGUGCACCCAGUGGAAAGCGAGUUGCAAAAAAGAUAUUGGCCAAAAGCGGGGAUGCUGCGUUCCAGUAUGAGAUUUUGAAGGCGAGGUUGAAAUACUUCCCACCACUUGGAGUACGAGACUUGAAGCGCUUUGGAACACCAGUUGAUUUCCGACGCUCGCGGGGACCUCGGACCUGUGUCAAGUAA